AACAUAAUAUCAGCAAAAUAAGAUUGACCUAGUGGUACAAGAGCUCCUUCGCCAAAACCUAGAGGAAGGGGAGGUUCUGCGGUGUGAGGAAUAGAGAAGAAAAGCAAUGCGUUUUGGAAAGAAGGAGGAGAAGACACAGAACGGAGGAGAACCGUGAGCUGUGGGCGUGGAGGGUGAGAACGUGAGGUAUUCCAAGGGUUUUCGAUUUGAGAAGUCGCCAUAAGGACAGGACUUCGGAUCAAGAUAGAUUGUUAGCUGACUUGUUUGUGUCCAAGCAGGAGGAAUAAGAUGCCUCCUUACGACUGUAUGUUUCUGUUUAAACCUCAUAUCGCAAAAGAAGCUAUUUUGGAUUUAGUUGUAAGGGUGGGAAAACAUGUGUCUGGAAGAAAUGGGGUUGUCACUGAUGUUAAGAAUCUCGGAAUUGCUCAGUUGGGAUAUGGUGUGAAGAAGUUGGAUGGCAGAUGUUAUCAGGGGACGCUGAUGCAAAUGAGCAUGAUGGCUACACCUGAAAUCAACAAAGAGUUACAUUACCUAAACAAAGAAGACCGGUUAUUGCGUUGGCUUUUGGUCAAGCAACGUAACACAAAAUUUGGGCUUGAUGUUCUAGAGGAUGAAGGCAGGUUGGAACUAAGCAAAUUUUCCCAAAUCAGUAAACUUGAUGAAGAGGAUGAAGAUGAGAAUGAUGACGAUGAGGAGUACCAAUUGGAGGAAGAAGAGACAAAGUAAACUAAAAGAUAGCUGAGUAUUUUGUUAGCUUCCAUAAAAUUAGUUUGCAUUGUAUUUUCAAUGCCAAGAUUAUUUGUUUGAUUUGAGAAAAACAAGAUCACAAUAGAUUUUUAUCAUAA